AUGGGACACAACGCGUACAAGGAAGAAGAUCAGCAAUGGCAAAAUACAGGACAAAGCAGACCAAAAACUACAACCUGCAUAUUCUGCGACGCCACGGAUCACAGAGUCGACUGCAGGAUUUACGACACCAUAGAUAAAAGGCGCAGACUUAUGCAAGAAAAGCUGCUAUGCCUCAACUGUGGGGGAAACGACCACUACGCAAGAAAUUGUAUUAAAGGAAGAUGCAAUAUUUGUCAAGGAAUGAAGCACCACUUUACCCUUUGCCCAAAACGCUUCGCAAGGAUGGAAGUACAAGAGAGACCAGAAGGAAAUAACAACGGACAGCAAACAUUACGGCAAGCACCAUCACAGGCGCCAAAGGCCGACGGAAUGAAGCAGCAAAAGAGCAAAAAUCAGCAACAUCCAUUCAAGGCAACAGUCGCAAAAGGAUUAGACAUUGCCGAAGGAGGGGAAGAACCUAGAACUGGAUUAGACAUCGCCGAAGGAGGAGAAGAACCUACAAGUAUCUUUCACAUGGAAAAGAGGAGUGCCUUUAGUGGAGAAGGGCCGGUACUACUCCUCACUGGUUGUGCAAAGAUAUAUAACUUAGUUGACAGAGAAUGGACCGAGGUCGAGAAACGAGCAGACGGCUGCUAUGUACGUCUACCAUUCAAAGAAUCACAUCCACCGCUGCCGACUAACAAAGCUAUUGCAACGAAACGCCUGGUUAACAUAUUGCAGUCCUUAAAGUCAAAAUCAGAUCUUUUGGAGAAGUAUGAUGACAUUAUAAAGGAUCAGUUUCAUAAAAACAUCAUAGAAGAGGUCAUAAGCAAUUCAAUUGACGAAGGAAAACGCAUACAUUAUAUUCCUCAUCAGCCGGUUAUCACACCACAAAAGGAAACAACGAAGUUACGUAUAGUGUUUGACGCUUCAUCGCACUUCAAAAAUAGUCCAUCGUUAAACGACGUUCUCUAUCAAGGACCAUCCAUACUACCGAAAUUAUAUGAGAUGCUGAUACGUUUUCGCACGGCAAAAUACGUAGCAACAGCAGAUGUUGAAAAGGCACUUCUUCAAGUUCACCUCAAAGAACGGGACAGAGAUGUCACAAGAUUUUUGUGGGUCCGCGAUAUUAACGUACCACCUAAAGAAAAUAACGUUAUCAACCUACCGUUUUACAAGAAUGACGUUUGGAUUGAAUGUGUCUCCCUAUCUCUUAGCAGGAACCAUUCGCUACCAGGUGCAGAACUAUGUAUCAGACGAUGA